GUCAGUGAAGCUCAACGAGAAAAAGAGCGAAGGAGAGCAGGAGCGAGAGAUAAGAAGCCAUUUUUGUUGGAAGAACAACAUAAAUUUACAGCGGCGGUGAGAAAAUGAGAAAUGCUAGCGGCCACCAAAGAAAAAUGAGCGGCAGUGGAAAAGUGAACAAGAACAUGUACGACAUUUCCUCCAUAUAACGUGUAACCAGGAAGUUUCUUGACGUUUGACGUUGUAGUCUUGCAAAACAACGGCAAAGAAAAAUACAAAAAAAAAAGAAGUGCGCUGCACGGGCAAAUCUGUUUACCUAUUGUUGUUUAUUCAAAGUUCUCGUUGCCUUCGCCCCUUAGCUUUACACUAUUUUAUAUUUAGUUUGAGCAAACUAUAGAUAUUACCGAGAGCUUCGCUAUUAGCCCUGGCUAAAUCAAUAUUAUAUUUUUAUUGCAUGUUUAAAACAAGACCGAUGAAAACAGUUCAUAAAUCCAUACGUUACACUGGUAUCAUCUGCAUAGGCCAUUGUGCGGAAGAACCAUAAGAAGGUGGUGGGCAAAAAGGGUACGUUGAGAUCAUCCCUUGUGGAUGAAUACGUUGGUAAUACCAGCCAGUGUUGGGGUUCACAACGGCCUGGGUAUUACAAAUAGCUGGCUGUCCUAAUCUGUGGCAUGUAAACAACAACGGCAAGUUUCGAACACAUUGUAUUAAAGCGUUGUUAUUUCGACUGUGGUUCGGGUUCUGGUUUUAAUUAUGGCCGUGAUGAUGCUCUUUUAGUAGGUGUGGUUGUUAUUGCAGCUCGUCGUCGGUGUUUGCUUUCCUUAGAUAGCAUCUCCCGAGAAAUGUUGGACCUUGUUGCUGCCACAUGGUGGAAUCACAGUGUUGAGACUCUUUUGAUUCGUUGUCACAGGAACUGGCAACAGAGUCAAACUGUACAUGGCCUUCCAUAGUAGAAACUGGUUAGGCCACUCAGCCGGCUUUGGUUAGCUGGUUGGGAUUUUAGAAUAACCGCUUUUGCUGUCAUUGCUGAUCUGGGAUACUCUGUGUGCAUUCACUGAAAUCUUUGCAGUGCUCCAAGUUCUGUCACCAGCCUGGCUGUGCUGCUGUUGCGUUAUGGGGAGAAAUUGAUAUGGUAAGAGCAGAUUUUUGUGAAGAACACGCUUAUCGUGGUCGCUUCCCUCCGUAUAUACCUCGUGGACAGGGCUCUCCCCUUUCCACCACCACGUGAAUCUGUUCCUCCCAGUAUUCCUUACGUUUACCCGGUCCUCUAGGAUCCGGAAGAUUUCUCACAAGAACUCUUUCCCCAGGUUCCAAGGUUGUAUCGUGGGCUUUGUGGUCUUGAAAUGAAUUUUCCUUGAGAGCUAAAGAGCGACCCUUUUCUGCUUCCAACGGAACACGAGGAACAGCUUUGCAUUUCCUUCACAUAAGCGGAGUGACUGUCCUUCACUGAUCCUGGUGAAGAAUGUCAACAAGUAAACGUGGUGUUCGUCCCAACAAAAGAAACAAUGAGGAGUAGGCUGUUGAUUCGCGCCUUCUGCAUUUGUGCGUUAACAACUUUGGGAGUUACUGAUGCCGUUCACCAUACUGUUCUUCGGGUAGAGUUCUUGUCAAUACCAGAAGGGUCUUGUUCAUUAUCUAGUCUUUUCCAUUGUACUAUGGGUGGUAUGGUAUAGGUUUUGAACGGACCAUUCCAAUCCAGUGGUGUUAUAGAUGAAACAGUUUGCUCUCAAACGUGUUUAACACGUCGUGUAAGAUGCGAGCUGAAAAUGCAAAGCAAUAUUAUAUCAUAGCACAUCACAUCAUAUUAUAUCAUAUCAUAUCAUGUCAUAUCAUGUCAUGUAAUGUCAUGUCAUAUCAUAUCAUAUCAUAUCAUAUCAUAUCAUAUCAUAUAUCAUGUCAUAUCAUAUCAUAUCAUAUCAUACACAUCAUUUGCAUAUCAUGGCGACUGAGAACGCUUUUUCACAUGCUCCGUAUAUUUUGCAUUCGUGGUGAUGCUUUCAAUUCGAUUUUAUACUAAUACUACGAGGACACACGUAGCGGUCAGCUUUAAUCGAUGAAAGGCAAAUCUAUCCCAAAGCAGUUUCUCUACAUUCAAGCUGAAGUUCAAUGGCUACUUUAAGACAAGAAUUGCGAAGUAUUCAAACUCGUCGUCCUAUUUUCAGUUAUCAAGACUCCAGCUUUCUGGUAACAUCUCUCCUAAUCCAAGGCCAGAUAAAGAAACUAGACAGAGCACAGAUCAUCUAUGCUUUAGUUUGAAAGAGAAAAAAGUCUGAAACUGUGCCAUUUAAAGAUCCGAUCUCUUCAGGCGGGCCAUUUCGAAGAAAUUACGGCACUGAUGCUCAUCAACAAGUUGGAUGUGUUCGCAAAGAGAGAAACUUGGCGCAAUCACACUUGGCGUGAACCUAAAUUAGCGAUCGACGGCAAUACAACCCCCGAUGUGAUAGAACUGACUCCGAAGGGGGAGGAACAGCGAUUUACGCGAAGGACUCGCUUAUAGGUGUAUGUCGACGGAUACAGCUCCUUAUAUAGGAAACGAAAUGCUGAAUUUGUGUCUCGAGAAAAAAACAACAACAACACACUGAAGGAUCAAAAUUAUUAUUCAUUUUAUUCUUUUGUACUCCAAACUCAACAGCAGAGUCGUAAUUAUCAUGGUCAGUACUCGAUGCUUCUUCGGAUGUUAAGGUCAAUCUUACAAUUUGAAAUACCCUGUUUAUGAAUGCGAUGAACGAACACAUACCACAUGUCACUCAUAGGGUGAAAAAAAAGAACUGCUGGGAUGGAAGACUCAAGACAUUCUUCAGCAAAUAUUUAUCAGGGACAAGUUUAAAGGACGUGCCAAGAAUAAUAUACUAGCCUGAACAAUGUACAAAAGAGCCUGAAACACUGCCGUUGUACUGAUUUGCAAUGCAAAGUCAAAGUAUUUCAAAGAUAAAAUCCUAGAAAACAAAACAACACAAUGCAAGAAAUCUUUGGAAACUGGUAAAACAAACUGUGUCAACUAAACCUUCUUCCAAAGCGCCAGUCGCUAUUAAAGUUAACGAAGAACAGAUCACAGACCCAAAGAAAAUUUCAGAUGCUUUUAAAUGAAAUAUAUUUUACCUCGUUGAAUGUAAUAUCCAAACUAUCAGAAGAUCUGGUAACCGCAGAAUCUGAGCUUGAUGCUCUUCUAUUAAACUUUGUCAAUACUCAAAUAACUGAUAAAGUUUAAUUCUCCAUUAAGCCUUUUACUAAGGAAAUUAUAGACGCAGAUGUGAGAAAAAUACCAUCUGACAAACGGGACCUUGAUGGCAUCAGUAUCAGGGGCACCCAACGACUGUUUUCUGUAAAAUAUCUGUUCGGAGAAGCAAUUAUUGCCUAGAAUUUUCCAUUACUUGAGGACGGCUAAAAAUUUCUAGAUGACCGUUCCAUUCAUCUAGAAUUUUCGAAGCUUAUCUUAUACAUUCCCUACGAUUUUCUGAUUUCAAAAGUUUAAUUUUCACAUUUUACGUCCCAAGUUAGCCUAUUUUUUGUGGAAAAAAGGAACCUUAAAUUUUCGGAUUCAAAAAUGUGAUAGCGUUUGGUAUCAGAAAAUGUCUCACUUUCGUAAUACGUUCAAUUUUCGUCUAAAAUUUUCAGAAAAAUAAUACUCCAGCCCUUGUAAUUUAAAAAAGACGCAAGUUCCACUAGGAUGACCGAACAGAUACAAAUUUUAUAGCGCCGCUUAAAAUCCAUUUCUAGAGAUCUAAAAGUACUCUCGAUAACCUAAAAAGCGAUUUUUAAAUGCAAUUAGGAGGAAACCAUCUUUGGGUGCCUUUGCAGUAUUCGUGUAAUCAAGGAGGUUUUUACCAGCAAUAUCCCCGAGUCUUGAGCAUAUUUACAAAGCAAGCAUCAGUCAAGGUGUCUUUCCUGCGACAUUCAAUGAAGCCAGGGUAAUACCACUUCACAAAAACAAAAACAAAAAAUCAACGAACGAAAGAGGCAAUUAUCGCCCAAGAUCUGUCUUGCCUAUUUUGUCUAAACCUUUGGAACGACAUGUAGCAUCAGCCUAACUACGAACAAUUUAAGCUACACUACAAGAACCAGUCUACCAACCGGCCCUUUCAUUCCUACCAAACUGCACUACUAAACAUCACUGACAAAUAGCUUAAGGCUAUGGACAACAGUGAACUCGUGGGAACAGUUAUUCUGGACGUCAGUAAGGCUUCUGACCUAGUGAGUCAUGAUAUCCUGAUAGCUGAGCUAUCCAAGUAUCACACUAGCUCAACUGCAAUUAACUGGUUCAGGUCCUACUUGUCCGAACGUAAGCACGUCUGCUCAGUAUCUGGUGUGCUUUCCAGUCAAGCAAGCCUAGACAGAGGCGUCUCAUAGGGUUCAAUUUUACGCCCUCUUCUCUUCUUCGUCUACAUGAACGAUCUCUCUUUUGUUUUGAAGGAAACUGAAGUGGACAUCUAUGCUGACGACACAACUAUUUGGUCAAGUGGAACCAAUUAUACUAAAAUACAGCAAACUCUGAAUAGGAAUCUAGGAGAAGCUAACAGGUGGUUUAAACUCAUCGAAAUGAAACCUAACACUAAAAAGACCAAGCAUCUACUUAUUGGUAUUGCUAAACAUCCCAGUAAUUGCGAAAGACUGCUUUAG